UCUUUGUGUUUUUUUUAAAUACAUAUUAUCACCCUGCCUCCCCUCUCAUCCCCUCCCCUCCUGGAGGCUGUUUGCAACAGGGAGGGUUCUGUGGGGGGGGAAAAUCCUGUCACUCGCAAUGCCCUGCCUAGGAAUGCUACAGGUUUUUGUGUUCGUGACUGUCGGUGAGAUUGAAAUCUCUGGCAACUUGUCGCAGCGAUGUAGGACUUAGUACGAGCACCAGGAAAUGGCCAUUUUUUUUUAUGUGGAGAUCAGGGGACUGUUCAGCUGUGAACGCAGGACAGAAGGUAGAGGAUCAACAUCCCAGGUUUGAGGUGUGGUGAGGGCCUGGUCUCUGUUUACUUGGCACCAUGGUGGCCCUGUCGCUGAAGAUCUGUGUCCGUCAGUGCAAUGUUGUCAAGACAAUGCAGUUCGAGCCCUCCACUGUGGUUUAUGAUGCUUGUCGCAUUAUCCGUGAGCGUGUGCCUGAGGCUCAAAUUGGCCAAGCCUCUGAUUAUGGAUUGUUCCUGUCUGACGAUGAUCCAAGGAAAGGGAUCUGGCUCGAAGCUGGCCGCACUCUGGAUUAUUACAUGCUUCGGAAUGGGGACAUCCUGGAGUAUAAGAAAAAGCAGAGACCUCAGAAAGUGAGAAUGCUGGAUGGGGCAGUGAAGACGGUCAUGAUCGAUGAUUCGAAGACUGUUGGCGAACUACUCGUCCCCAUUUGCAGUCGAAUAGGUAUCACCAAUUAUGAAGAGUACUCCUUGAUUCAAGACAUUGUUGAAGAGAAAAAAGAAGACGGAACAGCGACAUUGAAGAGAGACAGAACUCUGCACCGGGAUGAGAAGAAGAUGGAGAAGUUAAAGGCAAAGCUUCACACUGAUGACGAUUUGAACUGGUUGGAUCACAGUCGAACCUUCCGAGAGCAGGGUGUUGAUGAAAACGAAACACUGUUGUUAAGACGCAAGUUCUUUUACUCUGACCAGAACGUUGAUUCCCGAGAUCCAGUGCAGCUGAAUCUGCUGUAUGUCCAGGCUCGAGAUGAUAUUCUGAACGGAUCCCACCCAGUCUCCUUCGAAAAAGCCUGUGAAUUUGGGGGCAUUCAGGCUCAAAUCCAGUUUGGACCCCACGUGGAACACAAGCACAAGCCUGGAUUUCUUGAUUUGAAGGAGUUCUUGCCAAAGGAGUACAUCAAGCAGAGGAAUGCGGAGAAGAAGAUCUUUCAGGAACACAAGAACUGCGGGGAAAUGACUGAGAUUGAAGCAAAAGUUAAAUAUGUUAAGUUGGCUCGCUCGCUCCGAACCUAUGGGGUGUCAUUCUUUUUGGUGAAGGAAAAAAUGAAAGGGAAGAACAAGUUAGUUCCUCGACUCCUGGGCAUUACCAAGGAUUCGGUGAUGCGCGUCGAUGAAAAGACCAAAGAAGUGAUGCAGGAGUGGCCCCUCACAACCGUCAAACGCUGGGCAGCCUCUCCAAAGAGCUUCACUCUGGAUUUUGGAGAAUACCAGGAAAGCUACUAUUCUGUUCAGACGACAGAGGGUGAACAGAUCUCUCAGCUAAUCGCUGGUUAUAUUGACAUCAUCCUCAAGAAGAAGCAAAGUAAGGAUCGAUUUGGACUGGAAGGAGAUGAAGAGUCAACGAUGCUGGAAGAAUCUGUUUCUCCAAAAAAAUCCACCAUAUUGCAGCAGCAGUUUAAUAAGACGGGGAAGAUCGAGCAUGCGUCCGUGGCGCUGCCCGCUGUGAUGAGGCCGGGUGCUGGUGGGCCGGAGAGCUUCAACACGGGCACGAUGCCAGUUCCGCAGCAACAGAUCCUGAGUGGGCAAAUGCACCGGGGCCACAUGCCCCCACUGACAUCAGCACAGCAAGCAUUAAUGGGAACCAUUAACUCCAGUAUACAGGCGGUUCAGCACGCUCAGUCUGACCUGACUGAGAUAGAUAAUUUACCCCCACUGGGGCAGGACAUGGCGUCCAAGGUGUGGGUCCAGAACAAGGUGGAUGAAUCGAAGCACGAAAUCCACUCGCAGGUUGAUGCGAUCACAGCAGGAACGGCCUCCGUGGUCAACCUCACGGCCGGAGAUCCCGCAGACACUGAUUACACUGCAGUGGGCUGUGCCAUCACUACCAUUUCUUCGAAUCUGACGGAGAUGUCUAAGGGUGUGAAGAUGCUGGCAGCUCUCAUGGACGAUGACAUUGGCAGUGGCCAGGACCUGUUGCGUGCUGCGAGGACAUUGGCUGGCGCCGUGUCUGAUCUGCUGAAGGCAGUUGAGCCUUCAUCGGGGGAGCCUCGGCAGACCGUCCUGACAGCAGCUGGAAGCAUUGGCCAGGCCAGUGGAGACCUCUUGCGGCACAUUGGAGAGAGCGAGACGGACGAGCGAUUCCAGGAUGUGCUGAUGAGUUUGGCCAAGGCAGUGGCGAAUGCAGCCGCCAUGUUGGUCCUGAAGGCGAAGAAUGUGGCGCAGGUGGCCGAAGACACUGUGCUGCAAAACCGGGUGAUCGCUGCUGCCACACAGUGUGCCCUGUCCACCUCGCAGCUGGUCGCCUGUGCGAAGGUGGUCAGUCCAACCAUCAGCUCGCCCGUGUGCCAGGAGCAGCUGGUGGAGGCCGGGAAGCUGGUGGACCGCUCGGUCGAGGGCUGUGUCAAGGCCUGCCAGGCAGCUACGGAGGACACCGAGCUCCUGAAGCAGGUCAGCGCUGCGGCGAGCGUGGUUAGCCAGGCCCUCAACGACCUCCUCCAGCACGUGCGCCAGUAUGCCAGCAGAGGGGAGCCCAUCGGGCGCUACGACCAGGCGACUGACACCAUCAUGACUGUGACCGAGAGCAUCUUCAGCUCCAUGGGUGACGCAGGGGAGAUGGUUCGACAGGCGCGAGUCCUGGCCCAGGCCACGUCAGAUUUGGUGAACGCCAUGAGGUCAGACGCAGAGGCGGAGAGCGAUGUUGAUAACUCAAAGAAGCUGCUAGCCGCGGCGAAGCUAUUGGCUGAUUCCACGGCGAGGAUGGUGGAAGCCGCGAAGGGCGCAGCCGCAAAUCCGGAAAACCAGGACCAACAGCAGAAACUGCGGGAAGCAGCGGAAGGCCUGCGAGUCGUCACCAACUCGGCUGCUCAGAACGCCAUCAAAAAGAAGCUGAUUAAUCGGCUUGAGAAUGCAGCCAAACAAGCAGCUGCUUCCGCAACGCAGACUAUUGCAGCUUCGCAGAAUGCAUCAUCGUCCAAUAAGAACACGGCCGCCCAUCAACAACUGGUCCAAAGCUGCAAGGUCGUUGCUGAUUAUAUUCCUCAGUUGGUGCAAGGUGUGCGAGGGAGCCAGGCUGAGCCUGAGAAUCUUAAUGCCCAACUCGCCUUGAUUAUUGCUAGCCAGAACUUCCUUCAGCCUGGAAGCAAGAUGGUCUCCUCCGCUAAGGCUGCCGUGCCCACAGUCGCUGACCAGGCCGCUGCCAUGCAGCUUGGCCAAUGCGCUAAGAACCUUGCCACGAGCCUGGCUGAGCUCCGAACGUCAGUGCAAAAGGCUCAUGAGACAUGUGGGCCCAUGGAAAUUGACUCCGCCCUGCAGUCGGUGCAGACUCUGAGGAAUGAACUACAGGAUGCCAAGAUGGCAGCAGCCGACGGACAACUGAAGCCGUUGCCAGGGGAGACGCUGGAGAAAUGUGCACAGGAUCUGGGAAGUACAUCCAAGGCUGUUGGCUCUUCAAUGGCACAGCUCCUCACUUGUGCAGCUCAAGGCAAUGAACAUUAUACAGGUAUCGCCGCACGGGAAACAGCGCAAGCUCUCAAGACACUGGCAUCGGCUGCCCGUGGUGUGGCAGCUUCGACUGAGAACUCUCCGGCUCAGAACUCCAUGUUGGACACAGCCCGGGAUGUGAUGGACGGAUCUGCCCUGCUGAUCCAGGAAGCCAAGCACACGCUGGCUUCACCCGGGGAUGCCGAGAGCCAGCAGAGGCUGGCACAGGUGGCUAAGUCAGUCUCUCACUCGCUGAACAACUGUGUGAACUGUCUGCCAGGGCAGAAGGAUGUGGACAUGGCACUUAAGAGCAUUGGAGAAUCCAGCAAAAAGCUGCUGGUCGACUCGUUGCCACCGAGCACCAAGAGUUUUCAGGAGGCGCAGAGCGAACUGAACCAAGCUGCUGCGGGUCUGAAUCAGUCAGCGGGGGAGGUGGUUCAUGCCUCCCGAGGGACGAGCAGGCAAUUGGCCGCUGCGUCCGGCAAAUUCAGCGAAGAUUUUGACGAGUUUCUGGAUGCAGGCAUCGAAAUGGCUGGACAAGCUCAGACAAAGGAGGGUCAGAUCCAGGUCAUUGGUAACUUGAAGAAUAUUUCUAUGGCUUCCAGCAAACUGCUCCUCGCUGCCAAGUCGCUAUCUGUUGAUUCUGCUGCGCCCAAUGCCAAGAAUCUCCUGGCAGCAGCUGCCCGGGCUGUGACUGAGAGCAUCAAUCAGCUGAUUACUCUCUGCACCCAGCAGGCUCCUGGUCAGAAGGAGUGUGACAACGCUCUCCGAGAACUUGAGACUGUCAAAGGCAUGCUGGAAAAUCCCAAUGACCCUGUCAGUGACCUUUCCUAUUUUGACUGCAUUGAGAGUGUGAUGGAGAAUUCCAAGGUCCUUGGAGAGGCUAUGACAGGGAUCUCUCAGAAAGCCAAGACCGGCGAUCUUCCAGCAUUUGGGGAAUCUGUUGGCAUCGCCUCCAAGGCGCUGUGUGGCCUGACAGAGGCAGCGGCUCAGGCUGGUUACCUGGUUGGGAUAUCGGAUCCCAACAGCCAAGCUGGGCACCAGGGGCUAGUGGAUCCCAUCCAGUUUGCUCGAGCCAAUCAGGCGAUCCAGAUGGCAUGCCAGAACCUGGUGGAUCCUGCGAGUAGUCCGUCACAGGUGCUGUCUGCCGCCACCAUCGUCGCCAAGCACACUUCGGCGUUGUGCAACGCUUGCCGGAUCGCCUCCUCCAAAACUGCCAACCCCGUCGCCAAGCGGCACUUCGUCCAGUCGGCCAAGGAAGUUGCCAACAGCACUGCCAACCUCGUGAAGACCAUCAAGGCUCUUGACGGUGACUUCUCUGAAGAGAAUCGAGACAAGUGUCGGGCAGCCACUUCACCUUUAAUCGAGGCUGUGGAAAAUCUGACGGCGUUUGCCUCCAACCCUGAGUUUGUCAGCAUCCCGGCCCAGAUUGGAGCUGAGGGUGCUCAGGCCCAGGAACCAAUCCUUGCUGCUGCUCGCUCAAUGCUCGACAGCUCAUCAUCGCUCAUCAAAAGUGCCCGAUCACUCGCGAUCAACCCAAAAGAUCCACCCACUUGGUCCAUACUGGCAGGACAUUCCCGUACAGUGUCAGACUCCAUCAAGAGCCUCAUCACCUCUAUCAGGGACAAGGCUCCAGGCCAGCGGGAGUGUGACAGCUCCAUUGACAACAUUAACAAGUGCAUCCGGGAGAUCGAGCAAGCCUCAUUGGCUGCAGUCAGCCAGAACCUGCCCACCAGAGACGACAUUUCCCUGGAGGCCUUGCAGGAACAGAUGAGCUCCACAGUGCAGGAAAUUGGGCACCUGAUUGACCCGAUAACCACGGCAGCUCGUGGAGAAGCUGCACAACUUGGCCAUAAGGUCACUCAGCUGGCCAGUUACUUUGAACCGUUGACCCUGGCCUCUAUCGGUGUGGCAUCAAAGCUUCUUGACCAUCAGCAGCAGAUGACCGUGUUGGACCAAACCAAGACCCUGGCAGAGUCUGCGUUACAAAUGCUGUAUGCUGCCAAAGAAGGUGGUGGUAACCCCAAGGCUGUGCACACACAUGAUGCGAUUACAGAGGCAGCUCAGCUCAUGAAAGAAGCAGUGGACGAUAUCAUGGUGACCCUGAAUGAAGCUGCCAGUGAUAUUGGAAUGGUGGGAGGUAUGGUCGAUGCCAUCGCUGAUGCAAUGAACAGACUGGAUGAAGGCACACCUCCGGAACCUGAGGGAAACUUUGUGGACUAUCAAACCACGAUGGUGAAAUAUUCCAAGGCGAUUGCAGUCACAGCCCAGGAGAUGAUGUCCAAAUCUGUCACCAGCCCUGAGGAGUUGGGUGGCUUAGCCUCCCAGGUGACCACCGACUAUGGCCACCUUGCACAUCAAGGACGCCUUGCUACAGCCACAGCCGACACUGAGGAGAUUGGAUUCCAGAUUAAGACCCGUGUGCAGGACCUUGGUCACGGCUGUAUAUUCCUGGUACAGAAGGCUGGUGCUGUGCAGAUCAGUCCCACCGACAGCUUUACAAAGAGAGAGCUCAUCGAAUGUGCCCGUGCGGUGACUGAGAAGGUCUCCCUGGUUCUGUCUGCCCUGCAAGCGGGCAACAAGGGCACACAGGCCUGUAUCACUGCAGCCAGCACAGUGUCUGGUAUCAUCGGAGACCUGGACACCACCAUUAUGUUCGCCACAGCCGGUACUCUCAACGCGGAGAACGAUGAGUCGUUUGCAGACCACAGGGAGAACAUCCUGAAAACAGCCAAGGCCCUGGUUGAAGACACCAAGUUCCUGGUGUCCGGGGCUGCCUCAAGCCAGGAGAAGUUGGCACAGGCUGCUCAGUGCUCAGUCAACACCAUUACCCAGUUGGCAGAAGUAGUGAAGCAGGGAGCGACCAGCCUCGGCUCCAGUGACCCAGAAACACAGGUGGUGCUCAUCAAUGCCGUGAAGGAUGUGGCCAAGGCUUUGACUGACCUUAUCAGCGCCACAAAAUGUGCAGCUGGCAAACCUGCAGACGAUCCAUCGAUGUACCAGCUGAAGAGUGCAGCUAAGGUAAUGGUUACAAAUGUCACGUCCCUCCUGAAAACAGUCAAAGCUGUGGAGGAUGAGGCCACACGAGGCACCAGGGCACUUGAGGGAACGAUAGAGAGCAUCAAACAGGAGCUUGCGGUUUUCCAGUCGAAGGAGGCACCAGCAAAGACCUACUCACCAGAAGAAUUUAUUCGCAUGACGAAGGGCAUCACAACAGCAACUGCCAAGGCAGUGGCAGCAGGUAAUUCCUGUCGUCAGGACGAUGUGAUUGCAACAGCCAACCUCAGCCGGAAGGCAAUCAUCGACAUGCUGACUGCCUGCAAACAAGCUGCAUACCACGCAGAGGUGGGGGAGGAUGUCCGAAACCGAGCCUUACGCUUUGCCACUGAAUGCACUGUUGGCUACAUGGAGUUACUGGAGCACGUCCUUGUGAUUGUUCAGAAGCCCACAUCAGAGCUGAAGCAGCAGCUAUCUGGAUAUUCCAAGCGGGUAGCAGCAGCAGUUACUGAACUGAUCCAGACAGCAGAAGCCAUGAAAGGCACAGAAUGGGUAGAUCCUGAAGAUCCAACUGUCGUGGCGGAGGCAGAACUACUGGGAGCCGCGGCGUCUAUUGAAGCUGCCGCCAAGAAGCUGGAGCAGCUGAAACCGAGGGCCAAACCCAGGCAAGCUGACGAGACCCUCGACUUUGAGGAACAGAUCCUGGAGGCUGCUAAGUCGAUUGCAGCCGCUACCAGCGCACUGGUGAAGUCUGCCUCUGCUGCCCAGCGAGAACUCGUCGCCCAAGGCAAGGUCGGAGCCAUUCUUGCAAAUGCGGUGGAUGAUGGACAGUGGUCGCAAGGCCUCAUAUCUGCAGCCCGGAUGGUAGCAGCUGCAACAAGCAAUCUGUGUGAGGCAGCCAAUGCAUCGGUGCAAGGACACGCCAGUGAGGAGAAGCUCAUUUCCUCAGCGAAGCAAGUGGCAGCUUCCACUGCACAGCUCCUGGUGGCAUGUAAGGUGAAGGCGGAUUCGGACUCCGAGGCCAUGCAGAGGCUUCAGACUGCAGGAAACGCAGUGAAGCGGGCAUCUGACAAUCUGGUCCGAGCUGCUCAGAAGGCCGCCUUCAACAAACCAGAUGAGGAGAACGUUGUGGUGAAAACACGAUUUGUUGGAGGAAUUGCUCAGAUCAUUGCAGCCCAGGAGGAGAUGCUGAGGAAGGAGAAGGAGCUGGAGGAAGCUCGCAAGAAGUUGGCGCAAAUCCGCCAGCAACAGUACAAAUUCCUGCCCUCGGAGCUGCGUGAGGAUGAAAGCUAAUUGUCAGAGGCUGGCAAGCCAGCGCGCAGGACGGAUUGUGGUCCCUCUCAGAACUUGAGCCACCUCCAACUGGAACGCUGGUCGCUUUGUAGACCGUGGAGGCUGGGGGAUCUUUUGCAUCAUCCUGGAUUUACCCAAUUGUAGAUUGUAGUCAGAGUAUGUUAGUUUUAGUAUUGGCUUCCUGUUCUCCCAAGGCUUGCAUGCACUAAAUACUUAUCAGGGACGUUUACAAAGAUGAACAGGGCAAGACCAGGUCCUGUGCAGGAGGAAGACGCUCACACAUAGAGUUGUAUCUCGGAUGAUCUGAGUCUUCCUGCUCCAGUGAUGAAGGAAGAUGGGAACCUGUCCCGUGGCUAACUCUGUUAUCCACCUGAGCUGAGAAUUUUUCCGAAGCCGCUCAGAGGGUUUGGGGUUGGGGUGGAAUGGGGUUUAAUCAGCAUCACUGCCAUCGUUGUGAAGAGUUGGGUAGUGCUCAGCAUUGAACUGACCCCGACCCACUGAAGAGCAGGACGGCCAGCACGGUGUGGAGCGAGUCCCCGUCUCUCUUCCCGGGACGGGAUCCUGUCCAAAAACCUUUUAUACCCACCCACCUACCCCCUUCCUCGCCGCACCCCCACCCACCCCCACCCCAGGAUUGCUUUCUGUACAGUCAGUGGGUGACAUCCCAGUGACGUUCACAUUUGGAAAAGGAAUGGUGAGAGAGCAAGAAAGAGAGAAAACAAAGCAAAAGCCAUGUUGUGUUUACAAAAAUGAGUGCUUGGUUGAAGGAAAAUCUAGACGUGAACUAGAAAGGCAGUGUUCUUAAAGGGGGUGCAGAGAAAUUUCAAAGCACGGUUCCAAGCUCAUGCCAUGUUUCCAGGCGAUGGUCCCCCCGGUGCC